AUGGCAGAUUCGCAGACAGAGAUCGAUCUGGACUCGGUUAUUGACCGCUUGUUGGAGGUGCGAGGCAACCGCCCAGGCAAACCUGUCCAACUACAAGAAUACGAAAUCAAAUAUCUCUGCACAAAAGCACGCGAGAUAUUCAUAAAUCAACCAAUAUUGCUUGAAUUAGAGGCCCCCAUAAAGAUUUGCGGUGACAUCCACGGUCAAUAUUAUGACCUCCUCCGACUUUUCGAGUAUGGCGGGUUCCCACCAGAAGCAAACUAUCUUUUCCUCGGCGACUACGUCGAUCGGGGGAAGCAGUCUCUCGAGACUAUCUGUCUCCUCCUCGCCUACAAGAUCAAGUACCCUGAAAACUUUUUCAUUCUCCGGGGCAACCACGAAUGUGCAAGUAUAAACCGAAUCUAUGGUUUCUAUGAUGAAUGCAAACGGCGUUACAAUAUCAAAUUAUGGAAGACGUUUACGGAUUGCUUUAAUUGUCUCCCUAUAGCUGCUAUCAUCGACGAAAAGAUCUUCACAAUGCACGGUGGUCUCAGCCCUGAUCUUCAGUCCAUGGAGCAAAUACGGAGAGUGAUGAGACCUACGGAUGUUCCUGACACAGGUUUGCUAUGUGAUCUGCUAUGGUCAGAUCCCGACAAGGAUAUCACCGGGUGGUCGGAGAAUGACCGAGGAGUAUCGUUUACAUUUGGACCCGACGUGGUCUCCCGAUUUUUGCAGAAACAUGACAUGGAUCUCAUCUGUAGAGCUCAUCAGGUUGUUGAGGACGGUUAUGAAUUUUUUGCAAAGCGGCAUUUGGUUACGUUAUUCUCAGCGCCUAAUUACUGCGGAGAAUUCGAUAACGCAGGUGCGAUGAUGAGUGUGGACGAAACCCUACUAUGUUCCUUCCAGAUCCUGAAGCCUGCCGAGAAGAAGGCCAAGUAUCCGUACGGAGGGAUGAACAUGGGUCGACCAGUAACACCACCGCGUAAGCAGAAGAAGAAGGACAGCAAGAUGGGCUGA